AUGGCAAAAAGUAAGGUUGCACCUGUAAGAACACGCUUAACAAUUCCUAAAUUAGAGUUAUCAGGUGCUGUUCUAUUAACACGUUUGAUAAACCAUGUUAAAUCCAUUUUUGGCCAAAAUAUGAAUAUCCAGAAGUGUUUUGCUUGGACUGAUAGCCAGAUAGUUCUUGCAUGGUUGCAAGCGUCAGUUCAUGUUCUGGAAGUAUUCGUGGUCAAUCGGGUUUGUCAAAUUCAGCAAUCUGUUGUGACAUUAGUUUGGAGGCAUGUACCGGGAGGACUUAAUCCGGCAGACUGUGCAUCUCGAGGUUGUGAGGCUCCAGUAAUAUUAGACCAUCCCUUGUGGUGGGCUCCAGGUUGGCUGUACCAACCCGAGAGUUGCUGGCCUCACACUAAAACGGAACUUGUUGAGCCUCUUCCGGGAUUAAGAGUUAUUUCUCUUGUCGUUCGGGAAUCGGUUUUAAAAAGAGCCGUGGCGGGCUUGUUACGUCUCCCAGUGGCAUAA